AUGGCAACAUUUGCAUCACAUUACUUAUUGGAUGAGAGUGUUGAAGCUCUUAAUCAAAUUGAUGGAAUUAGUGGAGAAGUAUAUGCAAAAGCUAUUGAGAAGUUUGAGAACGAGGAUAAAAUGUCUUUAAACGUUGCUCGGUUCAACAAGGAUAAUUUACUGGACGAUUCAGAUGAUGAGUUUGGAGAGAUUUUGCUAUAUUUUGUUUGCGAGGAAUAUAAUCAAUUAUAUCUAUCUAAGCAACCAUGUAGAAAUUCAGCUCUUUCAGGCCAUGAAUACGUUAUGGAAGUAUUGCACGGGCAUUGGAGUAGGUGUUAUGAUUUGUUCAGAAUGAACAAAGAUGUCUUCAAAUUAUUUUGUGGUGUUCUAAAAGAAAUUUUUUUAUUAAAGAACUCACGAUAUCUAUCUGUUGAAGAACAAGUGGCUAUGUUCUUAUUUGUGAUUGGCCAUAAUGAACGACAUCGUGUGGUUGCUGAACGAUUUCAGCACUCCAUCUCAACCACAUCACAUUAUUUUAGGAAGGUUUUGAAGGCAAUAUGUCGUCUAUCCAAUGAACUAAUUACUCCACCUUCAUUUGAUGUAACUCCUCCACAAAUUCGAUUCGAUCCAAGAUACUAUCCAUUUUUUAAGAAUUGUGUUGGAGCUAUAGAUGGGACUCAUAUUUCUGCGCAUGUUCCAAUUGAUGAACAAAUACCAUAUCGAGGUUGAAAAGUUGAUACAACUCAGAACGUUAUGUGUGUAUGUUCAUUUGACAUGAAGUUCACAUACGUUGUUCCUGGAUGGGAAGGAUCAGCUAAUGAUGCACGGAUUCUUCUAGAAUGUGCCACAAACCCAGAUUAUGGAUUUCCAAUGCCGCCCCAAGGUA